AUGCCGCCCUUGGUCCCUCCUACGCGACGCUCGCGCAACGGCUGCAUCGACUGCCGCAAGGCAAAAGUCAAGUGCGAUGAAAUACGCCCCUCAUGCGGAACUUGCGCUCGACGUAGGCUCGUGUGCCAGGGAUACAAGACGCAACCCGGCGCUGCACAGCAUGCCAGGCACUCACCCUCGUCUCUGCUGGCGGCCGGUGCUGGUGCCAGUAAUACCGCCGCCGCGGCAGCAAAGGAUUCAGUACCGGGAUCUGUAUCAAGCUCUCCGGACCUCCUCUCCGUAGCCGUCUCCGCCGGGUCUUCAAGCAGCAGCUCAACGACGCCGGCGGCACAAAGAUCACCGCCAAUUUCAAAUCGGCAGACACUGGCUCUAGAUACACGCACUUUUUCUCUGCUUCCUCCGGGGUCGGUGCCUGUCGCAGACCAGCCGUAUCUAGAAGUCUACUUCAACAGACACCCCUUUGAGCUGUUGAUAGGUCACGAGUUCGUGUGCGAGAUGAACGCCAACAUCGUGAUGAUGCUGCAGCAGGACCCGGUGGUGAUUGCUGACACGAUUUCGGCCAUUGGCUACUCAUAUGACGUCGGCAGCUCUUCCGCGGCGCUGCUGCCUGUAUUGAACCGGAGGGCAAAGAUCCUCGCAAACUUGAGGAAUAUGAAGCCCUCAAGUCACUACUUUGAAGAGGCGCUCUUUCUGCUUCUCGGAUUAUGCGCAAUGGAACUCGUCACUUUGGCACAACCAGGACACCAUGCAACGAUACCCACAGUCCUAUCAAACGUGGCCUCUCUUAUCAGCCACCACGUUUCUACGGGAGGCGACGUAUCUUCCGUGGCUAGAUACUACCUCCGAGCACUGGCGAGACAAGACCUCGUCGUCUCUUUGAUUCAGCUCCGCCGUCCCAGAGUUCCCAGCUACGUCUGGCUAGAAAAUGAAGCGGCCAAGCCAGACCGUCUUCUCGGGUAUACCGUUACCCUCAUGCCGUUGCUAGAAGAGCUCUGCACUUUAGCCGAAGAGGUCCGCGACCAGAUCCUUCAGCCUGCUUUUCCAAAUACCCUCUUGGGCGGUGGCAGCGCAACAUCGCCGACAAGCACAGAGGAAAGGGGUUCAUCGUCUCCGCCCAUCUGCGUCGACAGCUGGCUCGACGCCGGCUACUCCAACCUCGCCCUCCGCGCCGACUCCCUUCGCCUGCGCCUCGAGUCCUGGAAGCCCACAAUCUCAGACAGUCUCUCCUUCCGCUCAGCGCGCAAAUUCCGCGCCCAGGCUGCCUGCUACCGCGCGGGCGCCCUCCUCUACCUGCACCGGCUCUUCUGCCUCCCCGGGUCCACAGCGGACGCGGAUGGCGAGGCGUUGAGCAAGGCCCACGACGUGAUGCUGUACACGAGCGGGCCGCCCUCCGAGUCCAAGAUGCUGCUGUGGCCCGUCUUCAUGGCUGCUUGCGAAAUGCUGGACGCGGACGACCGGGCUGCCGUGCUCGACGUCUUUGACUCGAUUGGCACGCAUCGCAAGACGGUUACGGUUGAGCGGACGAGGAUGUUUGUCGAGGAACGGGUUUGGAAGGCGAGGGAUCAAGGGAGGGAGUGGAAUUGGAUGAUUUUAGCGCAAGAGUUUCCGGGGGAGUGUUUGCCGAUCUGA